UUGUCACUUGGUAUUUUCAGUGCGCAGGGUAACAUCAGCCAAUGUAGUCGUCAGUCUUCACAAAAGGCUCCCAAAGGAGAUGUCUGGUGGUUGAAAGAUGAUGGAGGUUUGACUCUCCUGCUGCCAUAUCUUCUGCAAUUACCCGGCACCUAUUUGGAAGGCGCUCGAAUGCGUGUUUUCCUUGAAGGCGGACGAAGUGAUCGUGUAGGAGAAGAACAAAAACAUAUGGCAAAGUUACUGCGUGCAUUCCGUGUAGACUGCUCUGAUCUGAACGUCAUCACCGGAUUCGACCAUCCACCCAAUAAAUCAACAAUGCAAGAGUUCCAACAGUUAGUGGCUCCGUUCAAAUACGGCGGAACUGAGAAGCGGGGCCUCAUCACUGAUGAGGAAUUAGAGAAUUCCUGUUUGAAAACCAACCGUUAUCUAAGGACGAGAGAAUUGCUUCAUCAGCACAGCAGAAAUGCCGAUCUUAUCAUCGUGUAA